AAAUUUUAUUUACAUUGUGAAGGCAAUAGAGAGGAGACUACAGAUUGUGAUAUGGGACCAUGUAUUAAUGUUGCACUUUCAAGCUCAAUGUCGGAUAGUUUCAUGGAGAAACCCAGAUUCAGUCUUGCUCAAAUGUUUUUAGUUGGAGGUCUUUCUUUCUUCCUAGGCGGUUCAGCGUCUAUUGCUCUGUAUUGUUACGUAAGUAGCUUCCGACGUGCAAUGCGCGAGGCGAAACAAAAUGAACGUAAGCAAAAGCUAGAAAGGAAAAUGAGUGAGCAGAGACUCUCAAAGCGUCAGUCGCAGGCGUCAAUAAGAACUGUUCCACACAUGUCAUCCCACACUAGAUUGGACGAUGGUUACACAAGUGGGCGGAGUAAAUUUUAUGACGUCGAUACAGUUAUUAGAGACUCCCCUAAUCGCAUGUCGAUGGGAGUUUCCCAUUCUACGCCGUCACAAAUGAGCUUAGAUAAUGUGUUUGGUGGGAGGAGCAAAGUUUAUGACGUAGAAAAUGUGAUGAAAGAUAAUCCUGAGCAAGAAGAAACAUAUUAUUCUACAAUUGAUAAGAAAUGUGCGUUAAAAACAUUUACUAUCAAGGACCUUUAAUUUUUGGUUAUUUAAAAACACUUUAUAUCAAAUCCUGCAAAGUUAAGUAUUACUUUGAUAAAACGCUCAGAUUUAUCGCUCAACUUUUACAGCAUUCUAAAAUAUUUUACACACGCUCUUGAACCAAUAGCCUUUGUAUUUAUAAUAUUCAAUUUUACUUAAUAUCAACAAUUUCCCGUUCUGGCUAUUUCUAUUUAUGCAAACAACCCUGUAAACCAUGAGUUAAAGAGGACUACGAUAUCGAAGAUAAAUACAUAUUUUAUUCAGAACAAAAACAAUACUAGGGAGUUUUGUAUUAUCAACCUUAGCCUUACUAUUUCCAAAGGUAUGUUUUGUUCAGUUAAUUAGCUUUCGGUCAAGCCUUGUAGGAGUACCUUUUUCUCGGAGCAUAUAAAAAUUUUGUCUUACGAAGGACCGAUGCGGUCGUAUUUGUCCCACAUGAGACAAAUGGGACCUCAAAUGUCUACCCCAAAAAUCACAUUUAAAUGUGACAAAUGUGCUCCGAUCAAGUUUUUGAAGGGACAACAAAGCAUAUUUGCCACUCGCUCGGGCGUCGAACUAUUCACGCCAGGAAGCCCGUCCAGUGUCCAAAUGCGAAAUACCUACCCGCGUGCACACGUAAUAGUUAUCGCUUGCGCAUGCAAUAGCUAUCCCUUUAGAAAGUAAUAGCUAUCGAGUGAGCACGUAAUAGUAUCGCGUGGCGACGUUAUAGCUAUAGCAUGCGCACGUAAUAAAUAAGAAAAUCAUUUGUCCACCUUAUGCCACCGUAAAAACAUGUACGACAUUUUUGUUGUUAGAAAAAUUUCUUAAAUCAUUUACAUGUAUUUAUAAAACUUUAAGCGUCGGGAAGAAACGUGUCACAAUUAAUAACGAUAAGAAUGAUCUCGCUGCAUGUAUUUUGCUCUGUAUACUGCACUGGUAGAAAUUUUCGUUCUGACAUGCAAAACAGGUAUAUUCUUUAAGUUAAUAUAUGACUCUUAUGCAAAGGCAGGAAGUUUUCGAUUGGCCAUAAGUGACCUAAAAACGGUAUUAUAAAUACAGGAAGCACAGAACAAUGGCUUGUAGCCGGUAAACGGACGGGCAUUUACCCCUUUUUUAGAAUUUUAUGGAAAAGUGUGAGACAAAUGUGCUUCAAGCGUCCUUUCUAUUGUCUGUCGAACACAUUUGUCUCAUUUUCAAUUUGUUGCAAAUAUGAAUGUUAACGAGCACAUCGGUCUCACUUUGUGAGAUAAAUGUGCUCUGAGACAAAUGUGCUCCUGAAGAAAAGAAAGUUGUGUUGUCAACAUGUAAUUAAAGCAUCUCAUGACAUUGUUUUAAAUAUUGAUGUGUCAUCGGUUAUUUCUUCAUAUAUCCUAUUUUUUUUUGCUAAUGAAUGGCAUUUAGACUGAUGUUUGCUAAGUGUAACGAUGAACAUCUCUAUUUAUAGAAUUACUCUGUUUAUACUGUCUGUAACGAAGAACAACUCUGUUUAUACUGUUUGUAACGAAGAACAACUCUGUUUAUACUGUUUGUAACGAUGGACCACUUAUGUUAUAAUUGUCAAAUAUUUCAUUUUAUUUCAUUAAUUUUUUUACAUGUGUUCUUUUUUAAUAGACUCUAUUUUAUUUAAUAAUUUAUAUAUAUUAAUUGAUUUAUUUAUGUCAUUUUAUUUAUUUGUUCAUUUAUUUAUUAGGACAACUGGUGUGAUUCUAUUAUAUUGUUACUUUGUUGCUAUAAAGUUGUACAGAUUUGUUUACAGUAUAUGACAAUGAGUAUGGGAAGGCGUGGCUGUCUAGUCUUUAAAAUGGCAUUAUAUUAUUUACAUGUAUAUAAGGGGUGGUGUAAUGUGUGUUUGUUUUAAUUCAGGACUAUGUUUUAUUUUUUAAAAGAGGGACGAGUAUAAAUUUUCAUAGUAAGAUAAAUUUAAAAUCGCAUAUAGGAUACUUAAAAGAGUUCGUGUGGAUUGUGAAAAUAUAAACUAAUGGGCGAUUCACAAAGGACACAAUUGAUUUAUUUCAAAGUAAAAUGCACCUUUUUUGUAAAUUAAGAUUCAGACAUAUUUUAUUUUGAUGUUGUCUACUGAGGGAUAUAGUUUAAGGAAAGGAAAGUGAAUAAGAAAUAAAUAAUUUAUUUAUCCUUGAAUGUUUGAAAUGUUUACUAAACUAAGUUUAUAAUCCAUUUUUAUAUUUUUCUUAUUUAAAAACUUCUGGCAACAUUUUAUAAAAUUUUAAGUAAUGAACUUGUACAUGUAUAUUCAAAAUAUAAAAAAACAGCCUAGUUGUUUUGUUAUCAUGAUGUAAUAUUUGUAAAUUUUGUUUAUUUAUGUAUACAUUUUACAAUGUAAAUAAAAUGCACUCGCAAA